AUGACGGCCGAUGUCUCCAGACGUGAUGAUGAUCGUCGCAUACACCCCGCAACGGUCCCCUACGAUGUCGAGAGCGUUCGACAACACUUUCCAGCUUUGCGGGGAGAGAGGAUUCCUCUCAAUAACGCCACAGGUAGCUUGGUGUAUGAAGGCGCUGUCAAGGCCAUCGCAAACGCUAUGUCAACCUAUCAACUUGACUUCAUCGGUGGUGAUACAAUCAGCCAGCUUUACAUUGACCAGCGGAAGUCGAAGUACGUGGAACUGGCAGCUUUCAUGAACGCCGAGCCCGACGAAAUUGCUUUCGGACCCUCGACCAGUGGCCUCAUUCGCAAUGUGACUACCUCCUUGCGUCCGUUGCUCAAUUCCGACUCGGAAAUGAUUGUUUCUGAAUUGUGUCAUGAAGCCGGCGUGACAUCGUGGGUGGCUCUUGCACGCUCCUUGGGCAUCGAAAUAAAAUGGUGGCCACCGCCUGGUGGGAAAGGCGAUACUGCUGCCAAACUCAGCAUCGAGACUCUGAAACCGCUGCUUUCCCCCAAGACUAGACUUGUCGCUUGUGGCCAUGUAUCAAACAUAUUCGGUACCAUCCAUGACAUUCGUGCAGUUGCAGAUGUUGUCCACACGAUUCCGGGUGCCAUGCUCUCGGUUGACGGAGUAGCAUGGGCUCCUCACCGGCCCAUUGAUGUCAAAGCAAUGGACGUUGACUUCUACUUCUUCAGCUGGUACAAGUUGUUCGGGCCGCACUUCGCGCAAGUGUACGCCCGCAGCUCCGUACAGCAACGAUACAUGACGAGUCUGAAUCAUUACCAUAUCGAUCCCACACCCCUUGACGUCAAAGUCCGCCUGGGAACAAACUGCUUCGAGUUCGAGGAUGGUGUACUUGAGAUAGUACGGUACAUUCAGCGCAUCGGUUGGGAUAACAUCAUUGCACAUGAGGUAGUCCUUGUCCGGCCUCUGCUUGAAUACCUUAAUUCACACCCGGAAUGGUUCACCCUUUACGGCGAAAAGUCGUCCGAUCCGAAGCUUCGAGUGUCUCUUGUUUCGUUCACAGUCAACGGAGUGCCCUCCAAGGUGAUCGCCAAAAUAAUUCACGAGUCGUCACCAUGCCGUAUCUUGGCAGGGAGCGCUUAUUCUCUCAGACCGGUGCAUGACGUCCUUGGACUGGGUGAGGACGGUGUGCUUCGUGUGAGCCUGGUCCACUACAAUAACCUUCAAGACGUCCAAACAUUCAUCAAUGUUCUGGAUCGUGUAGUACAAGCACAUUUCAAGGAUCGAGCUCGAUGA